AUGGAGCUGAAGCUGGAGGUUGUUAUGUCGACCAGCAUCAAACGGAAGAAACCCUGGCCCAGAUUCUGCUGGCUCGGUCAGGAGAAGGAGUCUGUGUUCCUGUUAGAUGACAAACGGAUCAGCGAGAUCAACAUGGUCUCCGGUCGCACCAAGAAGAGGACCCCGAAACUCCAUCCUUUGCUCAGCAGUGUGGUGACCAUGGCUUCAUCCCGCAGCGGUGUGUGGCUUUGUGGGAUUCUGGUCUCGGGAGAACUCUUUCUGUGGAACAGAGAUAAGGACUUGUUGAAGACUGCUGCAGCUGCCCCAGAAGUAGUUAAGGUCAUGACUUCUAGUCAAGGAAAUACCACGCGGUUUUCUCUUCAGGUUUCAAGGGAUGGAAGGCGUGUGCUUCUCGUAGCCAUAACUGGACACGUCUUCCUGUGGGAGUGUGUGGAUCCCAGGGAUUUGACAGGAGUUCGAGAUGGCACAGUCAAGGGACAUUGGGCCCAUACAAAGCCCCUUGAGGAUACCAUUCUGCCUUCUUUACAUGACAAAGAAGCAUGCCAACACUCAAUAUUUGUAAAGACAGAGGCUGUGGGUGAUGCCUGUUUAUCAGCCUUUGUUUUCACAUCCGGGCAGAAGCUUAUAAUCACCUGCUUGAAAAUCCAGUGGGAGGAAGGCAACAUGAGAGUGGGUUCUGUGGGAUAUAACAUACAGUGGGCCACCAAGACAUACCCCAUGUCUCAUCUCACCCCAGCUUGCCAACCAGUCAAGUCUAGAGGGGCCAUUGUGCCAGCCUUCUCCCCAGAUGGCCAACUACUAGCCAUCGUCCUGAACCAGAAACAUCCAAAGGCUACACAGGUCCUUUAUGUGAGCACACAGAAUUUUGUCUCAGUAUCAAGCAGCCUCGGAGGAUGUGGAAUGAAGACGUUAGCGAUUCCCUCCAAAUACAUAAGGUCCUACUGGGUGGGCAGUGUGAGCUGGUCCCCCGGCAGCCUUUUCCUGGCAUGUGUCCUCAAGAGGGGCUCCCUUCUUGUGUUGGCCCGGCUCGGGGGUCUUCUCAGUCUAACAAGCUGCGGUUGUAAUGUGGACUUUGGGCCGGCGCACUUCCUUCCACUGCAUCCACUCGUCACUUACCGGCCACCAGUGUCUGCAGGGUCAGUGGAGGCCAAUCUGUCCAGUUCUAGCCUGUCUGUGCGGGACGUUCUAAGGCAGCGAUAUUCCGUGACCUGGCAUCCUCGGCUUAUGUAUCUCAUUGUGUCUGAUGGCUACAUGGCCACCGUUAUGAGGGUACUCGACAGGCCUUCUCCUGCCAUGUUGCUGAAAUCACUUUUAAAAGACACCAGCAGGGAUCUGGAAAAGACCAGUCUGAAGCUGGAACAAUCAAAGAUUCACGUGAGGGCAUGGUUGGAUUCAGUAUCUUGCCUACGUCUUGACAGCAGCCUUGAGGCACUCAGUCCCACUGCUUUACGUGGUCCCAACGCUGCAGACUCGGUCUUCUCGGGACCCACAGGUGGAUCUACUUUGCCACUUUUCCUUCAGGACCAAGGGACAUUGGGUGGAACCAAGGGGCUUUUUGAAAAAGUGCAGACUUUCUUUGAUGACGACUCUGAUCUAGACGGACCUCCUGCUGGUUCUCACAUGGAGAAUGUCGGCCGUUUGGAGUUUGCCACAAUGUUUGACACUCUACAUGCCCUGGACACACAAACAGACACUCUACUUACUACUGGUCCAGAUUACGAAAGGGACUUUGCUGAACCAGAGAGGAAGACUCCUCUUCUUUAUCGUGAACUGGGGCGAAUUCGGACUAAGCUGCUAACAGCCUGGGCGUUUGGUCUGUCUCUAGGAAAUGAGGUGGAACAUAGAGCGUGUCUGCUGAAGCAUACCCUCCUUUGUGUGGUGCGAUUUGCUGCUUUGGUCCAUUUGAUCUCCAGCUCCACGGACCACACAGGAGAAAGGAAUAGCUCAGUCUCUACCAGGCUCCUUCAUCUUAUCAAAACCCUGUUAUCUUUUCUUCCCUGGGAUGGCACUCACUCAAAUGGGCCACGCUGCCAGGGCCUGGUGGUAGAGCUCAGUAAACGACUGAUACGCCUCCUGCUGACUCCUCACCCUGAGUCCUACCAGACCGGUCACUGUCAGCUAUCCUCUCAGCGUCUGUCCUCCGUGCUGCACAUUUUGCAGCUGGUCUCGGAUUCUCUUGACCACACAUACAGCCUGCAGCACAAAACUGUGUGGUCCUCUGCAAAGAAGGAAUCUGUUGCCCAGUCACAACAGCUCUGGCCUUCAGAUGUUUACAAUGUACCUCUGCUACAGGAGGAGAAAAAAAGGAAACUCACCCCGCCGCAUCAGGGAUGUCCUGUUCCCCACCGACCAUCUAGCAGGUUGUUUGGAGUGUGGCAGUGGCUGUACAAGGUCACCCGGAAGUAUCUGGAAGAACUGAAAAACUAUGAAGCCUGCGACGGCUGGGAGGAGGAACAGCAGCAGUUGACUUUCCUCAUGUCCCAGAUUCAAACAGCUCUGCAGGCCACAGGAGCAAAGCUCGAGCAGGGCCCUGCACUGAUGGGUUACCCAGGUGAACAUCUUUUCCUGUGUGGCUUGUAUCCAAAAAGCGCUGAUGCCUGGCUUUCACAAAUAUGUGACGAGAGUAACAAAAUUUGCGAUCGCGGGGUCUUCCAGGAGGAACGGCUCUGUCUGGCACUCCUGUACAGUCUUCUGUCCCAGUACCGUCUAAGGGAAGCCCAAGAGCUGGGCGACCACAUGGCACGUCUCAUCCUGCACAGGGCUGGACAUCAGAAGGACAACAGAAAUUCCAAAACAGCAGAUUCUUUUCCUUGCACGUCGCUCCCAGUCGAUCUUCACAGCAAUGCAGCCUUUGCAGUGGUUCAGAGUCUGGGGAGAGUCAUGGCCUCUUACUUUGCCAACCAACCCCUCCACAUCCUGCCCCCUCACAAUGUGGCCGUCUUGCCUCCUAUACAUUUACCUCAUGGCCCAAGUGUUGGGCGCCUGGUGCCUCUAUGCCAAGAGGAGGUGGCGACAGCAGUUCGACGACAGCAUCUCUCAGAGGUGUGGACAGUGGAAUAUGCCCAGGACCUGCUCCUUCUCGGGGGUCUGCUGCCUGAGGCUGUGUGGUUGGCUUCCCACCUCGGGGACUGGAAGACAGCGGUCUCUCUGAGUCUGGCUUACACAAGCUACUGCACUGACCACUGCGACUUUGCUCGGCUGAGAAGGAGAGAGCUCCACCUCCCAGCAGAUUUGGAAGCAGAAAGCAUUUUUCAGGCGGAGUUGGAGAGUCUUCUUGGGAAUAAGCCGGACUCCCAGGGGCACAGAGACAAGGAAAAUGACAAGAGCUUGACAGACCCUUUGGAAGGAGAGGACUGGGAUUUAUUACUAGUUUCCAUGCAAGAGAUUCUGAGAGCAUCAGUCAUGGCUGGAGUGAAUGUUAUGUCCUCACCCUUGUCUUCCUUGCUGGACACAGCCAAAGACUUGUGUUCCUGUUUACCUCUGUUGGUGCCCAGUGGAUUGUAUCUCCCCUCCCCACCUCUUUAUUGCCCUCAGCCUUCCCCGAACACACAGGACCCGAUAGGAACAGCAGGGCAGUUUGCGGAGGUUGCAUCACGUCACAAGGUGUCUGCGGUUCUCCAGAGACUACUUUUGCUUCUGAGAUCUGCCCGUUGUUGCCAACCUGCUGCCCAGUGGUACAUCACCCAUCUGCGCCGUGCCAGACACCUACUACACAAGAUCAAGAAGAAAUACUCAUAUCCAGCAGCUAAUGAAGAAGAGGAAGCUUUCCAAGAAGGGCUGAUGAAGUUUGUCACGCGCAGGAGAUUCUUCACACGGGGGCCUAACAAAGAUGGUCAUUUGGACUCCGACACGAUCCAAACUAUUAUCUGUUUCAGGGAGCUGUGUGGUUUAUGCUGGAUGUUGCAUGUCAGGGACCAACUCUCCAUUUCCUGCAGGAAGUAUCAGGCUGCCAGGCAGCAUUGCAGAGAUAAACAGAUCCCUUGUGAUUCAGAUGUGAGAUCUAGCUGCGCUGAAGCUCUCCGGUGGGCCCGGCGCUUUCUGCCUUUCUCUCGCUUCCUCAACGCUGAAGAAAUUCUCCAGGACAUACUGCUCAGCCUCGUGUCUGAACUGCCUCCUGUCUCUUUGGUUGCAGACACGCUGGUACAAGCCUUCCCGGGGGAGGAAGAGUCUGUCAGAGUCCCACUGAGAGAAAAGUAUAACUCCCUGCUACAUAGACUGAGGCAAUGCAAUGUCCUUGAAGGCGAACGGGAUGAGGCAAAUGAGUUGAUGAUGGUUCUGAUUCAGGACAAACACAGGCAGAGGAGAAAACAUCUUGGGCGUUUGCUGAGGCACCUGGCUCCCCCUGAGCUCCACCUGUGGGAGAAGGAGGAGGAAGAGGAGGACAGAGGAAACAAACAUAGCAUGAUGAGGCAACUCUCACUGGGUAGCGGUCUGAGCACCAGCACUUUAACCGACUGCGGGUUUCCCCCAGUGUGCAGUGAUGGAGACACAGCAGAGAACACAUCUGAGGCCAUCUCCCCUGAACAGCAUUGCCGAGCCAUGGACAAAAAAGUACAUAAAGUAAGAGACAGAGAAAAGGCUGUUAAGAUUGAAAGUGCCAUUCAGGAGGAGACUCAAGCAGACGGUACCAAGGGGAAUGAGAAGUCCACAUUACCAGUGGUUGGCACCUGGGAGUUUGAGUUGGAAGACGAAGAGUAUUUGAACUUCCUGGAGCUCUUCAUCAGCUACGAGCUAGAGAAGGAUGUUGCUGAUGGAGGGGACCCGGGCAGUGAACUUCCUUUGCUGAAGAGCUUCUCCUCCAAGCUGAGGGAGAAAGAGUUGCACUCGCUCACUUUUGAUGUGCUCACAACGAUACAUCGGCGUCAAAAAGACGGGCACCAUCCAGGGAGGAAACUUCGGAGCGAACCUCCAGUGUACAGAGCGGGUUGCUGCUACAAGCCCAUUAAGCAAGGCACGACACCUGAACCUCAAUCGUCCGCACCCUGGAAUGAAGGCUCCAUAUCAAGAGCCAGUCUUUCAGUCAGUUCUCUUCCUGGGCCGAGAACUGGCAAGAUGAAAGGUUUGUUUGGCCUCCGAAAGCAAAGCAGUGUGCAUUUAGCCCAAAGGAAGAAUAGGGGUCACUGUGGUUCAGAAUCUAGCCCUAUUCAAAGUACCUUUCCCAUUGGGCAGCCAUCAGAGAGCUUGAUGUUUGCCUCCCCAACUUCUAUGGAAGCUGUCACUGAGCUGCAGCAGGGCCUGGUUCCUAAAUUAGAGGCUCAGUUUCCAGAGCUGGGCCGGCUGCUGGAGUGGAUGGUGCGCUGGGCUGAUAGGAGGGUGCUUCUUCAUCAUAGAAGAAAGAAGAAAGAGAGGGGAAGAGGGGUCGGAGGAACAGCUGACGAAGGAGUAGUGAUCCGUGUCAAAGCCUCAGCGCCUGCUGUCCUCACCUCCCUCAGUUUACUAGAGUGGAGGUACACGGCUCUAUUUGGGAAGGAGCGCUACAGCACCCACAUGCAAGUUCCAGAAACCCAGUGGACUGUGGCCCCUGUGGUGCAACCUGUGGUGGACGGGAACCUGGAGAGAGAGAGCAGUAUUGAUACAGGCUACCCUGGAUCUGCCAACACUCCCAUCACCGGUCCGGAUCCCAAUCUACAGCAAGGAGAACUUUCCAUCAGCUCUUGCACAGAUGGACCAGAGGAGCUGACACGUCACAGGCAGCCUCUUUCUGAUGACCAGGACCAACUGACUUUUCAUGCUCAGCGGGCACAGUCCAGUUCACAACCAUAUCUCGAUGACUUAUAUUUUGCACCUGAAAAAGAAGGUUUAUGUAGUGGCAGUGAGCGGUCGGAGAUGUCUUCCCUUGAAAUCUGUGAAAACAUCGGCACACUUGAAACGAGUUUGAAGCUUGCAGACUUGGACCCAGAAAACACUCAUGAUACGUUCACUUCCACCUCUGCAAGUUUACAAGCUCCCCUGCACCCAGAGCCCCAAGCUCUUCCUCCGGUGCAGCCAAAGGCCUCGGUUCACACAGAUGUCACGGAUACAGUUGGUGGGCUGUUCCACAAUUCACCUGUAGAUCCUCCACACCUUCAGCCACAAAGCUCCAUGGCUGGUGCACCCACUCCUGUUUCUGCAGCACCCGAUCAGCCAUUAUCCAAUCAGCCCCCACAGAUGAGACAGCAACUGGGUGAAGACUUAUUUAGAUUAGUUCAGAAUAUCAACUACAUGAGCAUGAUGGAGGUUUUGGGAGCUUCCUUUUCCAGCCUGGAACUUGCCCAGCAGAACUCUUCUUUGGCUCAGUCUAACAUGAACUUAUCACACCCUAAUGCGCCAGCAUCCUAUGUAACCAACUUCAUCCCUCAACGAAAUGUCUUACCUGUUCAAACCUCAGUGUCUGUGGAACCCCAGACACAGGCAAGUGGAGCAGGUGUAAAUGAGCAGGAAAUGCAUCCGCUCUCUGUCCUUGUGGGGUCACCAGACCUCCAGUUUAAACAGAGUAGGAGUUUGAUCCCGUCCUCCAAGGGGCUUCUGGUCACUACUGACAUUAGACAGGCGGUUCCCAGUACUUCUGUGGCACUGCCUUCUAAUGUUAGCAGACACAACGACCCUGCUCCUCAGCUCUUGGGCUGCAAGUUACUUCAGGCUCGAUAUCCACCAUUGCAUCAGGAGAGAGCCCCACACUAUCCUCCAGCCCAAGAGUCCCAGACGCGACAAACUGAAAACCCUGCAUUUCUCGAAUCUCAACAGCCCCAGCACAAACACAGCUACAAAGCCGCCUCAAAGCGGACAGAAAAAAAAAGAACUGGAUCUUCAGUUCUACGAAGACAACUCAGUUUUAAUCAUUCACAGGAUCCACCUCCCAGCAGCUCUCAACCCCGGAUUCAGAUGUCAGAGAGUUCCAGGGGGCAGGAGUUCCCAUUACUUCUUCCUGCUUUUCCAGCUCAGACACCUGCUCCAAUGCAGUACCUUCGCCUGCUGCAGUGUCCGCCUAGUGCAUCCAGCGACAUCGUGCUCCCUAAACUACCCUUGCCUACUGUCAUGUCAGCUCCAAUACCUGAGACCAAGCUUUUACAUGGACCAAAAAUGUCACAGAUUUCGCUCAGGGCAGUUCCUUUCCCACAAAUGACCAGUUCAGUGGUCAGGAUGCAGAACAUGGAAGAAGCUCAACAGCGGUUGCUCAGAGUAGAUCCACCUAAUGAGAGCAGCAGAACAGCCCCGACUUCUCCUAGGCAGAGGAGGAGAGAGGAGAGGACAUGCGAGGAAACAAAAACGGCGGUCACAUUUAAACCAAAUGAGUCCAUCAUCCCUAUGCAGACGCCUGUAAAUGAAGAGCCUGCAGUAUCAGAGACCGCUCCUGGACACAACUUUGCAUUUCCUCUCGGUUCCUUUGACUCUCUGCUGACUGGUCAGAAAUUGUUGGACAAGGCUGAGUCUACUUCAGCUGAGCUACACGCUUUUGCCUCCACAUGUAAAAAACCUCCAGAGUGUCAUGAUGCGUUCACCAACACAGAGCCAGCUUGUCCUCCCACGCUUGUGGAUAAAGCUGUGUCUGCCUCUGUCACCACUAGUAGCACUGAAUCACAAGGUUCACGGAAUCUUAAUCUUAUUCAAAACAUAGAGGAGAACCAAAAGAAACCAGAGAGGAUACGGGACGUGCACCGCCACCAGUUUAUAAGUGUCUUGGAUCUGGAAGACAAUGCCCUGCACCAUGAUUUGCCAUGGUGUCUCAGCCCAGGAACACAGGAUCUUCCUCCCAUACGCCCUUCAUCACCAACUUCUGCUCAGCUUCAUGUUCUUGCAACUUCUGUUAUCAGGAGUCAUGCUGCUGCUGCUGAUGAUGAUCCUCAACCAUCUUUCACAAUCCCAUACAAUCUGCUCAAACCCACCACUCAUCCAGAUACCCCUGAGGAUUCUCACUUACACAGUCACGAGUCCAAUCCAGAGGGAGUGACUCUAGAAGACAUGGCAGAUCCCUUUGACUCUCAGAUCUGUCAGGCCAUUAAGAACACGAGAGUUGGACCUCACAGAGCUUCCUUCUCAAGUCCUACAGUCGUGUUCUCCUCUCGCCUGACAGAGCUGGAUGCCCAGGUGGCUUCACUGCAGAGAAUUGCAGACAAUCUGGAGAUGGACUUUUCCAACUCCAGGAUGCUUGUGAACACCAUUGAAAAUCUCAGCCCGGGCUUUGCUCCUAAUAUGAAGAGUCCCGGGGCAGUGAAGAAAAACGUCAGACUGUCCGUCCCGAAAGAAGCAUGGACGCCCCGAUUAGAGGUUUUAACUGAACCAAACGCCUGGGAAGAGGAAGUGGAAGAGGAGCAUCAGGACGACAACUAUGGGCAUCACAGUGACUCCUUCCGUCAUUUCAUGCCUUCUCACAGUCAAAGAGCCGGUCCUUCCUAUGUUCACACCCCUCGACAAAUAAAAGAUCCCUCUCCUGAAGCAUCUGAAACAUCCCAUGCAUGGGAAGAUGAGAAUCUGGGUCAGUCUGGGCUAUCGGAUACAGCGGAAAUCUUAGAGGAGCUGGUUAGGGAAGGGUAUUUAUCCCGAGCUGAACUGGAUUCGUCCACCACACAGCCUGCACACCACAGCAGCAGGCCGGAACGGCUUGACAACAGCUGGGUGUCGCAGAGUAGCGUCUUCCAAGAUGACGAGAGGAGUGAGCUGAGGAUCUGGAUGAAAAGGAAACAGAGGGAAAGGAAUGCUGUUUAUCAAAAACACAGAGAAAGUCUGAGGGAGAGGGAGAAAGACCCUUUUCCUGUCACUCCAAAAGUGAAAUCGACAUACAGAAAUCAAGUGACGCUUCGGAAAAAUAGAGAGGAAAAAGAAAAGUUCAUGCUGAUGGAGCAAUACAACCAGAGAACCCUUGAAGCUUGUUCUUUGGCCAUUGGCCUCCCCGCCUCCCAUCCGGUCCUACGCAGUUCUUCCCAGCCUGAAGGUCCUCCGCUGCCCACCACCACACGGUCCACAUCCGCUCCUCUUUUUGGAAGCACUCACAGGGUUUACAGGACAUCCUCCAAUGACCAAAGAAAUCUUAAAUCCCCGUCAGAACAUGCUCAGCCCCUCGUCCGUCCAUGGACUGCUGAGCGGCUGGGACGACCUACGGGGGAUCACAGCCGGAGACUGGGUCUACAUAGACCAGUUACCUCUUUGCCAAGGGACCGUCUAUCUCAGGUGACCAGACGUGGCAUGCUCUCCGACUCAAGGAGCCACACGACAAUACAAACUGCCAACCCGAUUGAGGAUCAUCAAGUUGGAUAUGAGAGAACGAUGCAGUUGAACAAAAGGCCCCCAGGAGGGACGUCUGUUGGAAGAGGAAACCGGAGGGAGCAGACGAAGACAGAAGACGAAGAAAUGAAGAGGCGUGAGGAGUCUAACACGGGUUUGACCAGGCUGUCGGAUGAGCAGGAUGAUAGAGCUGGUGCGUCAGACAUGGACUGGCUGGACAACCUGUCUGACGGCGCCGGCAGCUGCCUCAGCAAAAUCGACUGGGCUGCUAUCGAGAGGAUGGUGGCUGCAGACGAAGACUGAGCUCAAGUGUCUCAAGGAAUGGAAAACGUGCCUUUUUAAAUCCUUUUGUAAACGGUGAUAAUGUAUGUUAUUUAGAUUUUAUUUAAUAAAAAGAGAUAUAAUCAUAAAUGAUAAAAAAUAUAUUAUAUCACUAUGAAACAGGUUUUGUAUUUUAUUUGGAAA